AUGGACGUCCGCUUGAACCUUGGGCUGCUCUUGCUGCUGCUGAUCGGGCCGUGCGGCGGCGCCAUGGACGAGUGCGCGGAUGAGCAGAGCGGGCGACCCCAACGCUGCAUGCCCGAGUUCGUCAACGCUGCUUUUAACGCCACCGUGGUGGCCACCAACACGUGCGGCAGCCCGGCCGAGGAAUACUGCGUGCAGACCGGCGUCACCGGGGUCACCAAGUCCUGCCACCUGUGCGACGCCUCCCAGCCUCACCUGCAGCACGGCGCUGCCUUCCUCACCGACUACAACAACCAGGCCGACACCACCUGGUGGCAGAGCCAGACCAUGCUGGCCGGCGUCCAGUACCCCAACACCAUUAAUCUGACUCUCCAUCUCGGAAAGUCCUUUGAUAUCACCUAUGUACGCCUAAAGUUCCAUACCAGCCGUCCAGAGAGCUUUGCCAUUUACAAGCGCACUCGAGAAGAUGGUCCAUGGGUGCCCUACCAAUAUUACAGUGGCUCCUGCGAGAAAACAUAUCACAAACCCAACCGAGGUUUUGUCAAAAGUUGGGAAGAUGAACAGCAGGCCGUUUGUACAGAUGAGUUCAGUGACAUCUCGCCACUCACCGGUGGCAAUGUGGCCUUCUCAACACUGGAGGGAAGGCCCAGUGCUUAUAACUUUGACAACAGUCCUGUCUUGCAGGAGUGGGUCACAGCUACAGAUAUCAGAGUAAGCCUCAAUCGCCUGAAUACCUUUGGAGACGAAGUAUUUAAUGACCCCAAGGUUCUCAAAUCCUAUUAUUAUGCAAUUUCUGAUUUUGCUGUGGGUGGCCGAUGCAAAUGCAAUGGCCAUGCAAGCGAGUGUGUGAAGAAUGAAUAUGGAAAGCUUGCUUGCCAUUGCAAACACAAUACCUUUGGGGUGGACUGUGAGAAAUGCCUUCCUUUCUACAAUGACCGGCCUUGGCGAAGAGCAACGGCUGAGAGUGCCAAUGAAUGUUUACGCUGUAAUUGCAAUGGACGGUCACAGGAGUGUUACUUUGAUUCAGAACUGUACCGAUCCACCGGCCAUGGUGGACACUGCACAGGCUGUUUUGGUAACACUGGUGGACCAAACUGUGAAAGGUGUCGGGAGAACUUCUACCGCCUGGGCAGUGAGGAGAGCUGCCUGCCAUGUAACUGCAGUCCUGUGGGCUCCCUCAGCACACAGUGUGACAAUUAUGGACGCUGCAGUUGUAAACUUGGUGUGAUGGGUGACAAGUGUGAUAGGUGUCAGCCUGGCUUCCAUUCUCUUACAGAGGCAGGAUGCAGGCGCUGCUCCUGCAAUCCAGCUGGCAGCACAGAUGAGUGCAAUGUGGAAACAGGGCGUUGCACUUGUAAGGAUAAUGUGGAAGGGUUCAACUGUGAAAGAUGUAAACCUGGAUUUUUUAAUCUGGAUUCUGACAAUCCCAGGGGAUGCAUUCCCUGUUUCUGUUUUGGACAUUCCUCUGUUUGUACCAAUGCAAUCGGAUACAGUACCUCCAAAAUUACCUCCACCUUCCAAACAGGAAAGGAAAACUGGCAUGCAGAACAGAGAGAUGGCUCUGAAAUCUCCAUUCGCUGGAUACCUGAGACUCAAGAAAUAUCUGUAAUCUCAGAUACACCUUUUCCCAUCUACUUCAGCACCCCAGGCAAAUUCCUUGGAAAUCAAAUUCUAAGUUAUGGACAAAACCUAUCAUUCUCUUUUCGGGUCGAUAAGCGAGACACUCGCCUUUCUGCUGAGGACAUAAUCCUUGAAGGUGCUGGACUAAGAGUAUCUGUACCUUUGAUUGCUCAAGGCAACUCCUAUCCCAGCGAGGACACCCUGAAAUAUUCAUUCAGGCUCCAUGAAGCAACAGAUUACCCCUGGAGGCCUUCUCUCACUCCCUUUGAAUUCCAAAAGUUGCUCCAUAAUUUAACAGCUAUCAAGAUUCGUGGGACCUACAGUGAAAGGAGUGCUGGGUAUUUGCAUGAUGUUACUAUCGUUAGCGCUCACCGUGGGCCUGGAAUACCAGCAACUUGGGUGGAGAGUUGUAUGUGUCCCACAGGAUACUUGGGGCAGUUCUGUGAAACCUGUGCCCAGGGCUACAGAAGGGAGACUCCAGGACUUGGGCCUUAUAGUUCUUGUGUGCCAUGUUUCUGCAACAAGCACAGUGAAACCUGCAACCCUGAAUCUGGAGCAUGUGACUGCAGAGAUAACACUGCAGGUCCUCACUGUGAGAAGUGCAGUGAUGGUUAUUAUGGUGAUGCCACCACAGGCACCUCUUCAGAUUGCCAGCCAUGUCCAUGUCCCGGGGGUUCAAGCUGUGCUGUAGUUCCCAAGACCAAGGAAGUGGUCUGUACCAGUUGUCCAGCUGGAACUACAGGUAAAAGGUGUGAGCUGUGUGAUGACGGUUACUUUGGAGAUCCUCUUGGCCAAAAUGGCCCCUUCAGGCAAUGUCGCCUCUGCCAGUGCAGUGACAACAUUGAUCCCAAUGCAGUUGGGAAUUGCAACCGCUUGACAGGAGAAUGUUUGAAGUGCAUUUACAACACAGCUGGUUUCUACUGUGACCGAUGCAAAGAUGGUUUCUUUGGGAAUCCCUUAGCUCAGAAUCCAGAGGAUAAGUGCAAAGCUUGCAAUUGUAAUCCUUACGGCACAGCAAAUUUGCAGAGAAGCUGCAAUCAAGUAACAGGCCAGUGUGAAUGCCUUUCACACGUCACAGAGAGGGACUGCAGCUCCUGCGAACCAGGUUUCUACAACCUGCAAAGUGGGCGUGGCUGUGAAAGAUGUAACUGCCAUCCUCUGGGCUCCACUAAUGGCCACUGUGACAUUCAGACCGGGCAAUGCGAGUGUCAGCCAGGCGUUACCGGCCAGCGUUGUGAGAGGUGUGAAGCCAACCAUUUUGGAUUUGGUCCUGAAGGCUGCAAACCUUGUGACUGUAACCCUGAAGGUUCCCACUCCCUUCAGUGCAAAGAAGACAGCCGUUGCGAGUGCAAAGAAGGCUUUGUGGGAAUCCGCUGUGACCAGUGUGAAGAAAACUACUUCUACAAUCGAUCCUGGCCUGGUUGUCAAGAAUGUCCUGCAUGUUACAGAUUGGUGAAAGAUAAGGUUGAGGAGCAACGGGGGAGGCUGCGCGAUCUGGAAAAUCUUAUAGCUAACAUAGGAACAGGUGAUGACAUCAUAACUGACCAGGCUUUUGAAGACAGACUGAAAGAAGCUGAAAGAGAAGUCAUGGACUUACUUCGAGAUGCCCAAAAUAUCAAAGAUGUCGACCAGGGGCUGAUGGAUCGUCUGCUGGAAAUUAACAGAACCCUUUCAAGUCAACUUGGUCGGUUGAGGAACAUCCAGAAUACAGUUAGUCAGACAGAAAGCCUGGCUGUGCAAGCCCAAGCCCAGGUGAAAAACACUGAGGGGCUGAUUGACAGUGCUUCAAAUAUGCUCCACAGGGCAAGGAUGGCUAUUGCCAAUGUGUCUAUCACUCCACCAGAAUCAACCAGUGACCCCAAUAACAUGACUAUCCUGGCAGAAGAAGCUCGCCAAUUGGCUGCAAGGCAUAAAGCGGAAGCCGAUAAUAUUGAGAAAAUAGCCAAGGAAGCAAAUGAUACGUCAUCACAAGCGUAUAAACUACUCUUGGACACACUAGCAGGAGAGAAUGAAACAACUAAUGACAUCGGUGAUCUAAAUAGAAAGUAUAACCAAGCAAAGAAUAUUGCCCGAGACCUAGAAAAGCAGGCAAAUAAGGUCUCUGCAGAAGCAAAAGAAGCUGGGGAAAAAGCUCUACAGAUCUACGCAAAUCUCACCACUCUGCCAUCCAUAGACACUGCAGGGCUAGAGAAUGAGGCAAAGAAUAUCAAAGAGGAAGCGCAGGAGUUAGAACUGCUCAUUAAAGACAAACUAAGAAAUUAUGAAGAUCUGAGAGAAGAUAUGAGAGAGAAAGAAUUGGAAGUUCAAAAUCUUUUGGAGAAAGGCAAGACAGAGCAGCAGACUGCUGAUCAGCUUUUGGCUCGAGCAGAUGCUGCCAAAGCUUUGGCUGAAGAAGCUGCCAAGAAGGGAAGCAACACACUCCGGGAGGCCAAUGAGAUCCUCAACAAUUUGAAAGACUUCGAUAAACGUGUGAAUGAUAACAAGACCGCUGCCGAGGAAGCUCUUAGGAAAAUUCCUGCCAUUACCCAGACCAUUAUGGACGCAAACAGUAAGACUCGGCAAGCAGAAUUGACACUAGGCAAUGCGGCUGCUGAUGCCAGAGAAGCUAAAAACAAAGCUGAUGAUGCUGAGAGAAUUGCUACGUCUGUAAAUAAUAAUGCUAGUGCCACAAAGGAGAUUGCAGACAACACCUUUAAGACUGUUACCGAGUUGGACAAAGAAGUUGAUGACAUGCUAAAGCAAUUGACAGAAGCAGAGAAAGAGUUAAAGAAGAAGCAACAAACUGCUGAACAAGAUAUGAUGAUGGCAGGAAUGGCUACACAAGCAGCUCAGGAAGCAGAAGAUAAUGCAAAGAAGGCAAAGAGCUCUGUGAACAGUUUGCUGAACAUGAUUAAUGAUCUUCUUGAAAAAUUAGCACGGGUGGAACCUGUGGACCAGAGUCAGCUGAGCACUAUUGAAGAUACUUUAAAUGCUGCAAAAAAUCAGAUGAAGGAUAGUGAUCUAGAUCGGAAAGUAUCUGAACUGGAGAAAGCAGCUGAAAAGCAAGCUAGUGCCAUCAGUGAAUACAACAGGGACAUCAGCACCAUUUUGAAAGACAUUAACAAUCUAGAGGACAUCAAGAAGACCUUGCCAAGUGGCUGUUUCAAUACCCCACACAUUGAAAAACCCUAAGGGUGUGCCAAGGGCAGGGUGGGGGCAUUCCCUCAGUGACUGGUGAAACAGUUUUGGCUGUGGAGUGCCUUAAUUCCUAGAUGAUGUUCUUCAGGACCUUGACCUCAUCUCCCACACAGUUCAGUCGUUCAUUCUUUCCUAAUUUGGGGUUGGGAGGUUUAUAUGAACUAAAAGCAAUUUAAUUACCAGCCUUGGGGCAUCAGAAAGAUAUCAAGACAUACACUCUAUACGCUUCUUUGCUCAAACACUCUACAUUCUUUUUCUCAGAAAUUUUAAUUUUAAUUUACAGUAUGAUGGACUUGUACCGAGAACUGAAGUAAGGGAGGGCACAAACACAGGCUCUUUUAUUCAUCCUCUUUUCCAUUCCUGUAUCUCCUUCCCUCCUGCAAAUUGUCGUUGAUCUAUGAAGGAAAUGGUUUGGCUACCAAAGUAUUAAAUAGCAAUGGCCAGGAUGAC